CUUUCUACAUCGCAACCAGUCAACCCAUUGUCUGAUAAUAUGAUAGCUGCUGAUAUCCGGCAUCUCUACCGUUGAGAUAGACGCACUCGUUCAAAUCAUAAGAUAUACAAAUCUUAGAAUAACUACCAAAUCGACUCAAAUAAGUGUAGUGAAAUAGCUAUAUCACAACCCAUUGGACAAUAAGAGGCAAGCACAAAGAAAACGAUCGGGUUAUGCAAACACGUGAUAAUGUUAUUGGAUAUUGCACUGGUUUAAAAUGUACAGGGUGACUUGAAACCUGCUCAAGGUCGUACGCUGGACAUCCGCGUCGACUUCGUGUUUCAUUGACACAAGUCUUAAUGAGUUCAGUUUGAUGCCUCCACUCCGAUGACUUAUUCCCCUAUACGCAUCUGAUAUUAACCACCAAACUGUUAAUUGUUAUUUAAAGAUUGUUCCUACCUAAUUUCACACGUUUUAGGGUGUGAUUUGUGCAUCCACUUCUCUCUGAUAAGUAAUAUAUCUAUUCCGAGAUGUCGAGUGAGUGUUGCAGAUGUCGUCACCGUUGCAAUCAUUGGAAACUUCGGAAUUACUUAGCUUUUUGGUGUUUCGGUUUGGGUAAUAAUUUCUCAUAUGUUAUUAUGCUAAGUGCAGCUGUGGAUAUUAUACGAAAACAAGAUUCACAGAUUGAAUUCACUACGAACAUCAGUACAUAUCACAUAAACUGUACAAAGAUUGGGACGGGAAGUGUCCUGUUGGCAGAUAUACUUCCGAGUAUGAUUUUCAAGUUUAUUUCUCCAAUAUUCAUACAAAAACUUCAUUUCCACUUCAAAAUUUUAUGCGCUGUCCUACUGGCGAUUAAUAGUUUUCUGAUGGUUUCAUUUUCUCAGUCUUUCUCUACGAGUGUUUUUGGGAUUGUGUCGGCAAGUUUAUCUUCAGGAAUCGGAGAUGUUACUUUCUUAAGCAUGGUAGCUUUCUUUGACAAAUCUUGUAUUUCGGCUUGGGCAUGUGGAACUGGUGCAGCCGGUCUGAUCGGUUCACUUUAUUAUGUUAGUUUGACAUCAAUAACUACACCGGAAAUUACAUUAUGUAUUGUCAUUGUGGUUCCAUGUACUACAUUGUUAGUGUAUUUCUUCGUUCUAGACAGACCUCAUCAUGAAAAAUUUCGACUGUGUUUCAACCCUAUCGUUUCAUCGGACAAUUCCACGAUGUCAACAGAGAGGAUAAAUGCAUUGGUAACCAGUGAAGAGCCAGAGCACACUGAGAUUGAUGAUGACAAUGAUGUAAUAACUGAUUCCGAUGGGUAUAUUCAGCUGAGAAAUGAAGAUGAUAUGGUUUAUCAUGACAAUUCACAAGUUUCCAACUAUUCAUCUCUACCUGUUCUACAUCAACAACAGCCUACAUGGAAAAUAAAACUACAGCUGUUGAAGGGAAUGAUCAGUUCAUUAUUUUGUCUAGUUUCAGUUUAUUUCUUCGAAUAUUUAAUUAAUCAGUCAUUGUUUGAAUUACUUUACUUUCAAAAUACACGUUUAACUGCUCCAGAACAAUAUAGAUGGUAUCAAGUACUUUAUCAAAUUGGUGUAUUCUUAUCAAGGUCGUCAGUCAGUUUUAUUCAAUUUAAGACUACUUGGAUUAUGUCAUUGCUACAAGUCAAAUCAAUCGUCAGGAUUGCUAUAAUUCGUUAUGACAGCUGUCUAAUUAUAACCAAGAUUCUGAUACGAUCGCCUCAUUUUUUUCCUAAUAUUCAUAUUUUAUUAGACACCAUACAAAAUUAGAUAAGUAUGGGGAUUCGUGGAGAUUGUAGUAUUGUAAAGGUUGAAUUCACGAGUCGAUCUAAGCUAAACCACCAUUGAAAACCUGGAAACACUGGACGGCCGGCUCGUCCUAGUAUGAGACUCAUCAGUGCACAUCCAUAACCCCGCAUGUGGAAAUAGAACCCAGGACCGUUCUCGGGUGCAAACGUCUAAUCUCCAGACUACUAAGCCGGCAUCCAACAAUGUUAAUGACUAAUUUCAAUUUAUUCAUAAUAUUAUUAGUUGAGGUUAAGCUUUCACGCGCUAGACCGAGUGUCUUGUGUUCGUACCUCUCAUGUGGGAUCGUAAAUGUGCACUGGACGAAACGGCCGUCCAGUGCUUUCAAGUUUUCAGUAGUGGUCUGGCUUAGAUCGACUCAUGAAUUCAACUGUGAAAAUACUACAAUCCCCACAAAUCCCCAAAAUGAUGAUACUGGAAAAGUUUAGUAAUUACGUGAACGAAGUCAACAAGUAGUCAUAAUAUGAGUGCUUCUUUAUAAAUUUAUAAAGAAUUUCAAAAGUACAUAUUUUAUUUCUGACUAAUUUAUUUAAUCAAACUCGCUGAACUGUAUCCAAUAUUUAAGACUACUUUUUUUCUCUGCAUUUACUUGAUGACUUGUAUAUGUGAGUGUAAUUUUCACAUCAAGUCUUAUGUUUAACCACAUUUAUGUCUUUUCAUUCGACAUGUUCAACUAUUAAUUACAUUAACAUAUUCAUAGUAUACAGUUAUACAUAACUACUCCAACUGAAAACUUCAUUUCAAUAUACGUUACUCAUUUAUAAAAAUGUAUGGAAUAUUACUGAAUAAAAGAAUAUACUUAAUGUAUAUUGAAAAUACUGAGGUUAAUCUCAAUUAAUACACUAACUAAUUUUAUUAUUCAUGCUUCAAGAAAUGUUCAAAUAUCUACAUGUUGAUUGUGACUAAUGUUAAUAACGUUUGAUUACUUAUAGGACUUCCCUGGCAGAUGCGUAUAUAGCCUCUGUUAGGGAAGUCCUACUCACUAAAUUCUCGUGGCAUUCCUGUUGUUUACGAAAUUGAGAGGACGAAAAUCGAAUGUCCGGCGCUUUAACCGGGUUGGUGGACAUGGAGAGUUCAACUAGGGGAGUUGGAAAACCCUGAUUCCAAACCAAUGAUGCACAUGCGCUCCAGUAUCCUGAGGGAACAAAUGGCGUAUGAACCAAUUAUUGGUCACGGGCUUCCAUGGGACUGUAUUUCCUUACGAUGCUCUACUGCCUCGUGGAUCAGACCUGUAGGUCGAAGGCUCCAGGUGUGGUCCCCUAAGAACACCACUAGCUUCGGUUUGGGCACCCGGGCAGUAUCACAGCCCUCACACAUAUCAGAUGAGAUCUGUGUGGCGCAUAUGUAUUUGGUGCCUCCUUGUACCAAUAUCGAUGUGUUUAAUUAAAAAAAUAUAUACUCCUAAUUAACUAUUAUCAUUAUUUCUUUUUGUUCAAUUAUCCAAACAGGCUAUGAAUUUUGUAAUUUGUUUAUUACAAGUGAUCUAUUCUUAUAUACCAUAUAUAUGGAUAAUGUUCAUUGUGAUAUUUUGUGAAGGAUGCCUGGGUGGUUUAACUUAUGUUAACACAUUUUAUAAUAUUCUUCAAGAAACUUCUCCGAUCUAUCGUGAAUCUGCAAUGGCAAUGGCAACUGUAUCUGAUUCAAUUGGCGUAGCUGGAGCUGGAUUCCUAUCCAUAUAUUUACAUAAUUGGUUAUGUAAUAUAUUAAUUUGAUGAUUGUAUUUUAUUAAAAAUCAUUUUCAACUAACAAUCUUUACUUGUUUAAUUUGUUUUUUAUAACCGUAAUAUUAUUGUUUU